GAUUGGCAAACACAUUGCCCAUUUACAGCAUAGAGACCCCAAUGGGGAGCUAGAUUGUUCAAACUCCAGAAGGACCAACACCAGAUAAAUUAUGAAUGUUGAACAAGAUGACCUUACAUCCACAGCAGAUAAUGAUAGGUCCUAGGUUUAACAGGGCCCUAUUUGACCCCCUGCUUGUGGUGCUGCUGGCUCUUCAACUUCUAGUGGUGGCUGGUCUGGUGAGGGCUCAAACCUGCCCUUCCGUGUGUUCCUGCAGCAACCAGUUUAGCAAGGUAAUUUGCGUUCGGAAAAACCUGCGCGAGGUCCCAGAUGGCAUCUCAACCAACACCCGGCUGCUGAACCUUCACGAGAACCAAAUCCAGAUCAUCAAAGUGAAUAGCUUCAAGCACUUGAGGCACCUGGAAAUCCUCCAGCUGAGUAGGAACCAUAUUCGAACCAUUGAAAUCGGGGCCUUCAAUGGUCUGGCGAACCUCAACACCCUGGAACUCUUUGACAAUCGUCUUACCACCAUCCCCAAUGGAGCUUUUGUAUAUUUGUCCAAACUGAAGGAACUUUGGUUGCGAAACAACCCCAUCGAAAGCAUCCCUUCUUACGCUUUUAACCGGAUCCCUUCUUUGCGCCGACUAGACUUAGGGGAACUGAAGAGGCUUUCGUACAUCUCAGAAGGUGCCUUUGAAGGCCUGUCCAAUUUGAGGUACUUGAACCUGGCCAUGUGCAACCUCCGGGAAAUCCCUAACCUCACCCCACUCAUCAAACUGGAUGAGUUAGACCUGUCUGGGAAUCAUCUGUCUGCCAUCAGGCCCGGCUCUUUUCAGGGGUUGAUGCACCUUCAAAAACUGUGGAUGAUCCAGUCUCAGAUUCAAGUGAUCGAACGGAACGCCUUCGACAACCUGCAGUCGCUGGUGGAGAUCAACCUGGCACACAACAAUCUCACAUUACUGCCUCACGACCUCUUCACACCCUUGCAUCACCUAGAGCGGAUACACCUGCACCACAACCCUUGGAACUGCAACUGUGACAUCCUGUGGCUGAGCUGGUGGAUCAAAGACAUGGCGCCCUCCAACACGGCUUGCUGCGCCCGGUGCAACACGCCUCCCAAUCUGAAAGGGAGAUACAUCGGCGAGCUGGACCAGAACUACUUCACCUGCUACGCUCCUGUGAUCGUGGAACCCCCGGCUGACCUCAACGUCACGGAGGGGAUGGCAGCGGAGCUGAAAUGCCGGGCUUCGACCUCCUUGACCUCUGUGUCGUGGAUCACUCCCAACGGGACAGUCAUGACGCACGGGGCCUACAAAGUGCGGAUAGCUGUGCUCAGCGACGGGACGUUGAAUUUCACCAACGUCACCCUGCAGGACACAGGCAUGUACACGUGCAUGGUGAGUAAUUCUGUGGGGAACACCACGGCUUCGGCCACCCUGAAUGUGACCGCGGCCGCCACCACUCCCUUCUCCUACUUCUCCACUGUCACCGUGGAGACGAUGGAACCUUCUCAGGAUGAAGCGCGGACCACAGAUCACAACGUGGGCCCCACUCCAGUGGUCGACUGGGAGACCACCAACGUGACCACCUCUCUCACACCGCAGAGCACAAGGUCCACCGAAAAGACAUUCACCAUCCCAGUGACAGAUCUGAACAGCGGGAUUCCAGGAAUUGACGAGGUCAUGAAGACCACUAAAAUCAUCAUUGGGUGUUUCGUGGCCAUCACCCUCAUGGCGGCGGUGAUGCUGGUCAUUUUCUACAAGAUGAGGAAGCAGCACCAUCGGCAAAACCACCAUGCUCCCACGAGGACUGUUGAGAUCAUUAACGUGGAUGACGAGAUCACCGGGGAUGCCCCGAUGGAAAGCCACCUGCCCAUGCCUGCCAUUGAACAUGAGCACCUAAAUCACUAUAACUCUUACAAAUCUCCCUUCAACCACACAACCACAGUGAACACGAUAAAUUCAAUACACAGUUCAGUGCAUGAACCGUUAUUGAUCCGAAUGAACUCGAAAGACAAUGUACAAGAGACUCAAAUCUAAAACAUUUACAGAGUUAUAGAAAACAAUCACAAAAGACAGUUUAUUAAAAAAAAUGACACAAAUGACUGGGCUAAAUCUACUGUUUCAAAAAAAAGUGUCUUUACAAAAAAAAA